AUGUUCCUCAAUCAAGACCUGGAGGCAGAGGUCUCUCAGCUCGAAUCGCGCCUGCAAGAUGCCCGCGCGCAACUAGCAGCCUCCGAAUGCCCCAGCCCACCACCAUCUCACCCCAACAGCUGGUCAAUUAAAGAAACAUAUAAUAAGAAGAAUAAGAAUCCCCUCAACACAACCCGAUCAUCAUUACACGCCCUCCUCCUCCUCUCCGACUCCGCCCUCCCACUAGGCUCCUUCGCCUACUCCAGCGGACUCGAAUCAUACCUCGCCCACAACAAACCAUCCCGCACAUCUCCCGCCUCAACCUUCCACCGCUUCCUCAAACUCUCCAUCGCCUCUCUCGCAAGCACAUCCCUCCCCUACGUACUAGCAGGGUACAGGGAGCCCGAGACCCUCGAAACCCUAGAUAAUGACCUUGACGCCUCAACACCCUGCAUAGUCGCCCAGCGAGCCAGUAUCGCCCAAGGCCGCGCCCUAAUUGGCGUCUGGGAACGCGCAUUCCGCACCUCCUUCGCAGACGCAGACUCCACCGACCCUGCCGUCCAAGCAAUCGAUGAAUUAUCCGAUGCAUUGAAGUCAUGCGUGGACGACGACGAGCUAGGUCCAAAGGGGCACUUUGCCCCGCUUUGGGGCACUGUCUGUCGUGCCAUGGGAUUGGAUCUGCAGCAGACGGCGUACGUGUUCGUGGUGAACCAUGCCAAGGCGGUGUUGAGUGCGGCAGUGCGAGCGAGUGUCAUGGGACCAUAUCAGGCGCAGAAUGUGUUGGCGAGUCAGAGUUUGCAGGAUACUAUUAUGAAGAGGAUUGGGAGGGAGUGGAAUACGCCUGUUGAGCAGGCGGGACAGGUGGUGCCGGCUUUGGAUUUGUGGAUUGGGAGGCAUGAGUUGUUGUAUAGUCGGAUUUUCAACUCUUGA